AUGAUCCCUGAAGAUGAAAUUGUUCCUCAGGUUGUACAUACAUUCAAGCUGCUCUUGGCCGGCAAUCCCAGCACUAUUAAUGUCCAAGACAAGGGAAGGACAGUAUUGCAUUAUGCGGUUGCAAGUCACGCGGGAUGUCGCAGUAGCCAUUCCAAUCUCGCAAUCCACUUCCUAUGUGAAAUUGGAGCAGAUGCAGGUCUGAAAGACUGCAAAGGACAAACGGUGUUGCAUGUAGUAGCUUUCGACUCUGUGCGAGGUGAUCCCAUCGACACUGACCUGAUAGACCUCCUAGUGGCGCAUGGUGCCAACAGGAACCAUGCUCACAAGGAUGGUAUCACCGCUCUGCAUAUUACAGCCAGAAACCUGCGGCAGGUCAAGGCGGCACGGUUUCUCGUCAGCAGAGGCGCCAAUGUCGGCGCUAAAAAAUCCAAAGGGGAGCACACCCCUCCAUGGAGGAAACUGCGAAAUGAGAUCAUUGGGGUCCUGCAAGAAGCUGCAGGCAAAGCCGUUUGA